UUGCUAAUUUUAAACUUUUUGAUAAAUUAAUAAAAAUUGUUGAGGCUGGUUAUCCAAUAUAUAAGUCAGAAACUAGGAAUCUUCGGAACAAAAUUUUAAUGGUGUUUAUGAAGUUGAAGCACAACGUUUCGUAUGCGAUUUUGAAAGCAUUCUUCAAAUAUCCAUCGAUAUCUCAGUGUCGAAAAAUUAUCUUGGGCAUGAUUACUAAAUUACACUUUUGCUUAAAAGAUGCAGUAUACUUUCCAUGUAAAGAAGAAAUAUCUAAAAAUAUUCCUCUGUGCUUUGCAGAAUUUGCUGACGUAAGAGUAGUAUUAGAUUGUACCGAGAUACAUAUCCAAAGACCUAAAGAACUUUGCUGUCAACAAGUUACGUACUCUCGUUACAAGAGUGAUUUUACAAUCAAAUUCAUGACUGGAGUUACUCCAGGAGGUAUGAUAUCAUUUGUUAGUGAAGCAUAUGGUGGUAAAAUUUCUGAUGAUGCUAUUUUUGAACAAUCAAAGAUAUUAGAUUUGUUAGAAAAAGGAGACGCGAUCAUGGUCGACAAAGGCUUUCGAGUAGAAAAAUUAUGCAAAAAAAAAGAUAUUAAACUUAUUCGACUACCAUUUAAAGAAGAAAAGAAGCAAUUUUCGAAAGAACAAGCUCGAAUGAGUGCGAAAAUUGCUAAAUCAAGAGUUCAUAUCGAACGUUCUAAUCAAAGAUUAAAAGUUUUCAAAAUUUUAGGAUAAAAAAUGCCAAGUG